AUGGCCGCUGCUCGGUGCUCUUCCGUGGCUCUCGUGCUGCUACUGACCUGCUGCUGCUCGGUGGCGUCCACCGCGGAUGAGAAACUGACCCACCUCCACUUCUACUUCCACGAGGUCAACGCCGGCGCUCCCAACGCCACCGUCGUCAACGUCGCCAGCCUGCACAAGAACACGUCGACGUUCGGUGACCUGAACGUGUUCGACAACGCGCUGCGGGAGGGGCCCGACCCGGCGUCGCGGCUCAUCGGCAGGGCGCAGGGGAUCGGGGUGCACGCGUCGCUGGACGAGUCCGGCGGCCUCACCACCAUCGACUUUGUCUUCUCUGACUACGGCAAGUACAGCGGCAGCACGCUGGCGACGCAGGGACACUUCAUCGUGUCCGGCCCGUCGGAGCGUAGCAUCGUCGGCGGCACGGGCAAGCUCCGGUUCGCGCGCGGGUACAUGAUCAGCAAGCUCCUCAGCUCCACGGACACCUCCAUCGUCGUCGUCUUCGACAUGUACUUCACCCUGGCGCACUGA